CAGACGACAAAACCAGAGUUAAGGAAGCUACCGGCAGAAUCUCCUGCUGCGUCACGAUCUGUUUGCGCGUCUAUUUUGUACCAAUUAUCAGUUCUUUGAUUAAAAAUCAUUAAAAUUGAUUAAAAAUAAAAACGGAUGUAAAACUCGCCAAACAAAAAUCAUUCUUGUUAAUUAGUUAUUUAAAUUAAUUAUUUCUGCGUGUAUGGUGGUUUUUAUUAUUCAAUUGGAUUAAUUCUCAAGGUCCACGCUGGUGAGAUACUUCCAGAGAACUAUGCAUCGGCCGAUUGCUUCAAAAAUGAAAUUUUUCAUCAUUUUUGGAAUUUUAAUUGCAAUUGGAAAAGCAGGAUCGCAAUUCGAGGAAUAUUAUAAUGAUUAUACAACUCAACGUCAUUUCUACGUUUGGCACACGCCAACUUCAAAUUACCAUGAAAAAACAACUGAAAACUCAGAUGUUGAAACAACAACUCCAUAUAAUGAAGAAUCAGAGGACAAUAUAGAAGUUCUCCCCCUUCCAUUUGGUGAUUGUGACGAAACAAAAAAUCUUAUUUCAUUAAAUUUAUCAUACACCGGAAUGACAAAAAUUAAUAGCGAAUUUAUAAAAAAUACACAAGUAAAUUGUUUAAAUUUUUCCAAAAAUAACAUCAAUUUUAUCGCUGAAACAUUUCUCGAGAAUUUGCCAAAUUUAACUGUUCUGAAUCUUGGACACAAUAAAAUAAAUUUAGAAAAUCUAAAUCUCAAUUCAAAUUCAAAAAAUCUUCAAUUAAAGACACUUAUUCUUGACAAUAAUCCAAUAAAUAUUAUAAAAGAAUUAAUUUUCAAUGGUUGUUUUAAUAAUUUGGAAAUUUUGUCAAUUCGACAAACACUAUUAAAUGGUCUAUCAAGCACAUGUGAUUUGAAAAAUUUAAAAUAUUUAUAUCUCACCGACAAUUAUAUUUAUAACGAAGAAGAUAUUUUUCAUGGUGAAAAUUAUUUCAAACUCUCGCAUCUCUAUGUUGAUAACAAUAUAAUUUCAACUUUCAAUGGUACACAAUUUUCCAAUCUCGAAUUGCUACAAUUAGACAACAAUAACAUUCGAAUUUUGUGUAAUAGUCAUUGUAAUGAUGUAGGUGGUGGUUUGUAUUUAGGUAAAAUGACAAAUUUGAAACAUCUCUUUUUAGCUGGAGAUAACAUAAAAAUUGUUCUUUCAGAUGCAUUUUUCGAUACAAUUCAUCUGGAAACUCUUGAUCUUUCAAGAAAUUAUAUUUCCAAAAUUGCCAAUGAUACAUUCAAAAGACUCAAGUUUCUUAAAGUGUUAAUGCUCAAUUCCAAUCGUCUAACGAUUUUACCCAAUUUUUAUGAAUGUUCAAAAAUCGAAAUUUUAAAUUUCAACACUAAUUGGCUUAAAAAUAUUACUAGUAAACAAUUUUUCAAUUUACGCUCAUUAAAAAGUUUAUCAUUAAACAAUAAUAAAAUAAAGAACAUAGAAAAAUUCGCAUUUACAAAUCUAACAUCAUUAAAUGAACUCGAUUUAUCAAACAAUACACUUGAAAGUUUACCGGAAAAUUGGAUCGCGCCGCAAAAUGUACUCAAAAUUUUGAAUGUAAAUGGAAAUUAUUUUACAAAUUUCAGUCAAUUGAAUCUUCAUAAUGCGCCAAAUUUGGAAAAAAUAUUUCUUCAUGACAAUCCAAUAGAGAAUUUAAAUAUUAUGUCAUUUUUACAUAUUGAGAAUCAAUCGAAAAGUCGAUUGGAAGAAAAAAAAUUGGAAAAUUAAAAAUGAAAAUGAAAACCACCGACAAAGUAAAUUCAACAAGAGCGACAAAUAAUUUUUAAAUAAUAAUUCUCAAUGUAUUGGCAUUUAUGUUAAUUUAUGUUAAUUAAUUUUAACAAUGAGAUUUUAUUAAA